AUUCAGCUAAAUCUAAACGGCCCAGUUGAAGUAGCAAGGGAUCCCAGUUUAACAAUGGCGGAAACUGGAAAUUCCUGAAGUUGCUGAAUCCAAACGAUCAAACACCGGCAGAAUGUCUCGCAAGCUGGCGGAGCAGCUACGGUCUCGCUCAAUAAACCCAUCGCCGUUUACAACUUCAUUCUUCGAUCUCAGAUUCUUUGCUCGUCUGCUUUCUUCCACUUCUUCAACUGACAACGCCCGAUCCCAUACUAAUGCCACCGCCGGUCCUCACCAGUUACGCAAGAACUCAUCGUCUUUGAAGGAGCCUGAACUCGCCAAAUUCGCCGCUAUUGCUGAUUCUUGGUGGGAUCCUGAAGGGCCUUUCAAGCCGUUGCAUCUGAUGAAUCCUACAAGACUGGCUUUCAUACGUUCUGCUCUUUGUCGACAUUUUAGGUGUUCUGCAUUUGAUUUGAUUCAGCUCCCAAAAGGAACACAUCAGUGGUCAAGCUUUCUUACACCGGAAGAGCUCGUCCUAAUUUUAGGGCAAGCUGGAAUCGAUGUAAGUGGAAUCUGUGGUUUCCUCUACGACCCAUUGAGGAGAAGAUGGUUCCUAUCCGAUGAUCUUAGCGUCACUUCAUCGCUUUUGGCACAAAACACUAGCGGGGAAAACAACGAUAGCCAUCUUCCGGAAUAGGUAGAUUCUUCGAAAUUUUCCGUGACAGGUUCCAAUUCUUCUGGGUAGGGAGAAAACAUGUGAGAAUUUUUGCAUGAAGUGUUAAUUUUAGUUUUAAAGUUACAAAUAGGAAAUUUUUUAUCUUUUGAACGAGUAAAUUCUGCUUGUUCAUGUAGUUAAACAGAGCCUAUGCUUGAUUCAGAUGAGCUGAAUAAGGAAUAUCAAUUCAAGUAUAAAGUUGAAAAUUAAAUGCA